AUGACUUCUAUUAUAAGUGAAAGUGCAGAUAUACAUAAUGCUGUACAUAUUCUUAAACGAAGUAUAUUCUCCAAAAGAAGUAAAGAUACAACUGAAUCAAGUGCUCCUGGUUGGAAAUUGUUUGGCCAUGUCCCUCCUAAAUCCAGUGGUGAGAAAGAGGCAGCACAAAUAUCACAGGAAUAUCAGGCUAAAUUACGUGCCUCACAACUAGCUCCAUCUCAUCCUAAAAAACAAGAUGUUGAAGUCUCAUCAACCACAGCACUUAUUUUAGAGAACAGACCAAUGAAUUUACCAAGUAAAGACCCAGAGGAAGCUGAAAAACAUAGAUUACAAUAUGAACAAAUGAUAGAAUGUGCCAAGAAAAAAGAACAACGUGAGUUUAAACUACGUAAAAAACAACUACAGAAUCAGCUACGACAAGAAGAUCAGUUAGCUAAGUCUAGUAGAAUCUGGAAUAAUGAGAUAUUACCUAACUGGGAAACUAUGCGUAGCAGUAAAAAAGCUCGAGAUUUAUGGUGGUAUGGUUUACCACCCAGUGUCCGUGGUAAAGUUUGGAGGUUAGCUCUAGGGAAUGAGUUAAAUGUAACAGCAGAAUUAUAUAAGAUAUGUAUAGGACGUGCUGAUGAAAAAAUAAAACUAAUGCAAGAUUCUGAAUCCGUUUCUAGCUAUGAUCCCUCAUGUGAUACACCGUCCAAUAAAGAAGAUAGUGUUAGUGUAAUCAGAUUAGAUGUAUCUAGAACAUUCCCUCAUUUAUGCAUAUUUCAAAAGGGUGGUCCAUAUCAUGAUUUAUUACACAGUUUAUUAGGAGCUUAUGCUACAUACAGACCUGAUGUUGGUUAUGUACAAGGUAUGUCGUUUAUAGCAGGUAUUUUAUUGUUAAAUAUGGAAGCAGCAGAUGCUUUUAUUUGUUUUGCCAAUUUACUCAAUAGACCGUGCCAAGUUACAUUCUUCAGGAUGGAUGAAGCAAUGAUGACUGCCUAUUAUAAAACAUUUGAAGAAUAUUUUAAAGAAAAUUUACCUGUUUUAUAUGAUCAUUUUGAUAAACAGAAUCUAACACCUGAUUUAUAUUUAAUAGAUUGGAUAUUUUUAUUGUACAGUAAAUCAUUACCAUUAGAUGUUGUGUGUAGAGUUUGGGAUGUGUUCUGGAGAGAUGGAGAAGAAUUUAUAUUUAGGACAGCUUUAGGUAUACUGAGAGCUUAUGAAAAAACUUUACUAUCUUUAGACUUUAUCCAUAUUGCUCAAUUUUUAACAAAAUUACCCGAAGAUGUUACAGCCGACUUUCUCUUUCAUAAUAUUGAACCUAUUAAAAUGACAAUUGAUAAGAAGAAGUUUUCUAAUAUUCUGUCUACAUAUAAAGAUAAUGGUGAAUCAUGA